CAUCUUCAACUACUAACAUCCCACGAGUACACAAACCACACCUAUUACUUCAACAACAUUGCCUACAACUUCAGAAAGUACAACAGCAGGGUCCACAACUACAGCCUCAUCAUCCACAUCUACGACAACAAACAAUCCAACAAUAUCAGCAGCUGUAACUUCAGAAUCCAAAACCCUUACCUCAACAACUAUGCUUACAUCUUCAGAAACCACUGCACCUGUAACAACAUUGGUAACUACAGCAUCUUCAACUACAGAAAUUCCCACCACCAAAACCAAUUUCCACUAGUUAAACCAAUAACAUCAAGUCCAAACACAAAUACGUCAACAUCACCAGCAUCUACAAUUCCAGGUCACACAUCCAUAAAAACAAUACCAGCUGAAACUCUUACUAGCAAUACUACACCUCUGAACAAUACAACAAAAGCAGAUGCAACACUUCAAAGUACUUCAAGUUUGCAACCAGAAACUUCAAACAUACUCAAAACAUUUCCAACAAAUGUGUCCGGUGCAGCAACAGUCACAACCAGAUUGACAUUCUCAUCCUUGUCAUCCCUGCCCACUGAAACUUUGGUCCUAGGUGCUGUUAGUAAUCUUCUUAAAUCAAGAGAAUCCCAGCUCAAUGAAUCACUGAAGAUUUCCAAUUUUACCUAUCAGAAAAUAUCUGAAACUUCUUAUGCUGUCAUUUUGAAUAUUAUGUUGAAUAAUAUCAGCAUGCCUGAGGAUCCUCAGCUAAGAAACAGCAGUUAUGUGCAAGUGCAGUAUGUUGUCAAUAAUGCGCUGAACACACUAUUGAAUGAACCUGGCAAGCAGGUUUUUGAACCCAAGUCCUCAAACUUCACGAGCACUCCAAACCAGAUUGAUGGCAUGAUGGACUACAGCUUCCAGGAUGGAGAUACCAUACAACCAGUCAGCUUCCUAAAAGAGCUACUUCUGACAACCACGACAGUGCUUCCACAAACAACAAUCAGUUUUUCCAUGACUCCUUCAAACUCCAUAUCUGGUUCAGCAGUGGUCACAAGCAAGCUGGUGUUCAACUCCUCAUCUCCAGUCCCCAGUGAAGCUCUGGUCCUCAGCGCUAUCAACACUCUCCGUAAUUCCAGAGAGUCACAGCUGAAUGAAUCAGUGAAGGUGGUGAAUGCCAGCUAUGAGAAAAUCUCAGAAACCUCCUAUGCUGUGGUCUUUACAUUUAAACUGGUUAACAUCAGCAUUACAGAGGACCCUGUUCUCACAAACAAUACCUACCCGCAAGUGCAGGAUGUCGUCAAUAAAGCGCUGAACACUCUUCUGAAUGAACCUGGCCAGCAAGUUUUUAAACCAAACUCCUUCAACUUCACGAGCACUCCAAACCAGAUUGAUGGCAGGAUGGACUACAGCUUCCAGGAUGGAGAUACCAUACAACCAGUCAGCUUCCUAAAAGAGCUACUUCUGACAACCACAACAACAGUGCUUCCACAAACAACUACCGGUUUCUCUGUGACACCUCCAAACCUAGUAUCUGGUUCAGCAGUGGUCACAAGCAAGCUGGUGUUCAACUCCUCAUCUCCAGUCCCCAGUGAAGCUCUGGUCCUCAGCGCUAUCAACACUCUCCGUAAUUCCAGAGAGUCACAGCUGAAUGAAUCAGUGAAGGUGGUGAAUGCCAGCUAUGAGAAAAUCUCAGAAACCUCCUAUGCUGUGGUCUUUACAUUUAAACUGGUUAACAUCAGCAUGCCAGAGGACCCUGCUCUCAGAAACAAUACCUACCCGCAAGUGCAGGAUGUCAUCAAUAAAGCGCUGAACACUCUUCUGAAUGAACCUGGCCAGCAAGUUUUCAAACCAAACUCCUUCAACUUCACGAGCACUCCAAACCAGAUUGAUGGCAGGAUGGACUACAGCUUCCAGGAUGGAGAUACCAUACAACCAGUCAGCUUCCUAAAAGAGCUACUUCUGACAACCACAACAACAGUGCUUCCACAAACAACAAUCAGUUUUUCCAUGACUCCUUCAAACUCCAUAUCUGGUUCAGCAGUGGUCACAAGCAAGCUGGUGUUCAACUCCUCAUCUCCAGUCCCCAGUGAAGCUCUGGUCCUCAGCGCUAUCAACACUCUCCGUAAUUCCAGAGAGUCACAGCUGAAUGAAUCAGUGAAGGUGGUGAAUGCCAGCUAUGAGAAAAUCUCAGAAACCUCCUAUGCUGUGGUCUUUACAUUUAAACUGGUUAACAUCAGCAUUACAGAGGACCCUGUUCUCACAAACAAUACCUACCCGCAAGUGCAGGAUGUCGUCAAUAAAGCGCUGAACACUCUUCUGAAUGAACCUGGCCAGCAAGUUUUUAAACCAAACUCCUUCAACUUCACGAGCACUCCAAACCAGAUUGAAGGCAGGAUGGACUACAGCUUCCAGGAUGGAGAUACCAUACAACCAGUCAGCUUCCUAAAAGAGCUACUUCUGACAACCACAACAACAGUGCUUCCACAAACAACUACCGGUUUCUCUGUGACACCUCCAAACCUAGUAUCUGGUUCAGCAGUGGUCACAAGCAAGCUGGUGUUCAACUCCUCAUCUCCAGUCCCCAGUGAAGCUCUGGUCCUCAGCGCUAUCAACACUCUCCGUAAUUCCAGAGAGUCACAGCUGAAUGAAUCAGUGAAGGUGGUGAAUGCCAGCUAUGAGAAAAUCUCAGAAACCUCCUAUGCUGUGGUCUUUACAUUUAAACUGGUUAACAUCAGCAUGCCAGAGGACCCUGCUCUCAGAAACAAUACCUACCCGCAAGUGCAGGAUGUCAUCAAUAAAGCGCUGAACACUCUUCUGAAUGAACCUGGCCAGCAAGUUUUUAAACCAAACUCCUUCAACUUCACGAGCACUCCAAACCAGAUUGAUGGCAGGAUGGACUACAGCUUCCAGGAUGGAGAUACCAUACAACCAGUCAGCUUCCUAAAAGAGCUACUUCUGACAACCACUACAACAUUGCUUCCACAAACAACAAUCAGUUUUUCCAUGACUCCUUCAAACUCCAUAUCUGGUUCAGCAGUGGUCACAAGCAAGCUGGUGUUCAACUCCUCAUCUCCAGUCCCCAGUGAAGCUCUGGUCCUCAGCGCUAUCAACACUCUCCGUAAUUCCAGAGAGUCACAGCUGAAUGAAUCAGUGAAGGUGGUGAAUGCCAGCUAUGAGAAAAUCUCAGAAACCUCCUAUGCUGUGGUCUUUACAUUUAAACUGGUUAACAUCAGCAUUACAGAGGACCCUGUUCUCACAAACAAUACCUACCCGCAAGUGCAGGAUGUCGUCAAUAAAGCGCUGAACACUCUUCUGAAUGAACCUGGCCAGCAAGUUUUUAAACCAAACUCCUUCAACUUCACGAGCACUCCAAACCAGAUUGAAGGCAGGAUGGACUACAGCUUCCAGGAUGGAGAUACCAUACAACCAGUCAGCUUCCUAAAAGAGCUACUUCUGACAACCACUACAACAGUGCUUCCACAAACAACUACCGGUUUCUCUGUGACCCCUUCAAACCUAGUAUCUGGUUCAGCAGUGGUCACAAGCAAGCUGGUGUUCAACUCCUCAUCUCCAGUCCCCAGUGAAGCUCUGGUCCUCAGCGCUAUCAACACUCUCCGUAAUUCCAGAGAGUCACAGCUGAAUGAAUCAGUGAAGGUGGUGAAUGCCAGCUAUGAGAAAAUCUCAGAAACCUCCUAUGCUGUGGUCUUUACAUUUAAACUGGUUAACAUCAGCAUGCCAGAGGACCCUGCUCUCAGAAACAAUACCUACCCGCAAGUGCAGGAUGUUGUCAAUAAAGCGCUGAACACUCUUCUGAAUGAACCUGGCCAGCAAGUUUUCAAACCAAACUCCUUCAACUUCACGAGCACUCCAAACCAGAUUGAUGGCAGGAUGGACUACAGCUUCCAGGAUGGAGAUACCAUACAACCAGUCAGCUUCCUAAAAGAGCUACUUCUGACAACCACUACAACAGUGCUUCCACAAACAACUACCGGUUUCUCUGUGACACCUCCAAACCUAGUAUCUGGUUCAGCAGUGGUCACAAGCAAGCUGGUGUUCAACUCCUCAUCUCCAGUGCCCAGUGAAGCUCUGGUCCUCAGCGCUAUCAACACUCUCCGUAAUUCCAGAGAGUCACAGCUGAAUGAAUCAGUGAAGGUGGUGAAUGUCAGCUAUGAGAAAAUCACAGCAACCUCAUAUGCUGUCAUCUUUAAGCUUAAUUUGAGUAAUAUCAGCAUGUCAAAAGAUCCUGAGCUAAGAAAUGGCACAUACCUACAUGCUCAGGGUGUCGCCAAUAAUGCGCUGAACUAUCUUCUGAAUGAACCUGGCAGAACAACUUUAAAUCCCAAGUCGGCCAACUUCAUAAGCACAUCGAACCAGAUUGAAGGCAGCAUUGUCUACAGCUUCCAGGAUGGAGAUGCUAUACAACCAGUCAGCUUCCUAAAUGAGCUUCGUUCACUGACAGUCUCAACAACAACCAGUACUCUGACAACUACUCCACAGAUAGUGCUUGGCAGAGCACUUAUAUUCAUUCGCCUCGUGUUUGUCACACUGGGCCCCCUGCCAAAUCCAGAUAAGGUUCUUGAGGUGGCCAACACUCUGCUGAAAACACGUAUCACAACUAAGCAAGACCCCACAACACAAGACCUGAGUGAUCCUGUGAGCUUUGUCAAUGUCACUUAUACAAAAAUAAAUGAGACAGCCUAUGCUCUCAACUUUGGAUUUGAAAUCAGCAAUAUAACCAUGAAUGAGAAACUUGAACUCAGGAAUGGUACCCACCUGUUAAUACAAGACUCUGUAAACACAUUGCUGAGCAAGAUCCUCCUCAGUAACUCCUCAGCUCCUGUCAUUAAGUUCAAUGCAGCUGAUUUCACGGGUAAUUCCACUGUGAUUCAGGCCAAAGUAGAGUAUGUUUUCUCACCAAGUGACAUCACGCAACCCAGCGUCUUUGUUCAGGAACUUCUUCAACUCAAUGAAGCGACCACUCAGACAACAACUUCACCACCAAUCUUGAGUAGGAGGGCAAUCAUUAGGAUUCGUCUCGAGUUUAUCACACUGGGCCCAAGACCAAGUGAGAAUAGUGUUCUAGAUGUGGUUAAAUCAGUAGUGGCCACAAAUCUCACAUCUACAUUAAGUGCCAAAACAGUGAGCGUGAGUGAACCUGUGACCUUGGCAAAUGUCAACUAUUUGGGAAUUAAUGACACUGCCUACGCACUCAUCUUUGCUUUUGAAAUCAGCAAAGUAUCACUGACAGAGUCAAAAAGGAAUGAAACCUAUCAAGAAAUCCAAAAGAAGAUAAAUAACUUGGUGAUCCAGAUCCUAAAGGACCCCUCAAUUAAUCUACUCAUUCCAGCCAAUUUCAAGGAUGAUUCCACCAUGAUUGAGGCCAAUGUUACGUAUGUUUUCUCACAACGUGAAAGCAACACGGCUGCCGGUUUCUUGGUCGGUACCCUAUUCACGGUUUUUACCACACCAGUUCCAACCACCAUAAACACUACAAUCUCAAACAACGCUACAAACGUAGCAUGGAUUGUGGCUAUCAUUGUCCCCUGCGCUAUUAUCAUCGGCCUCGUACCUUGCUGGAUUCUUCUUUGCUGUUUGCUGUGUGGUUGCUGUGCAGCAAUCAGGAGACGCUGGCACAGAAGAAGGUCGUACAAUGUACAGUACACAACCCGAAACAGCCUCUUCUAGAGAGUUCAGAGAUAUUUGACAAAACAGGACUGAACACCAAUGAAAACAUAAAAAUCAUGGAUUUUGGAUAUUCAGUAUGCAAUUCAAUGCUGCCUAAUUAGUAAUGAAAGUACUAUGUUAAUGCUUAUUUUAAAAAUUAUUUAUUGUAUUAUUCUUGUAUUGCUAGACAAACAGAUUCUCUAUAAAAUGUUCAUAAAUGUGAUAUUUUAAUUCUUCCUAUUGCGUAUAAUAAUAUUGUGUUGCUAUUAUUUAUUUGUAUUUAUUGUGAUAGUCUGUUUACAUUAGUCUGCUUGACAUAACACAGUUUCAGUUAAAGGGACAAAGGUAGAGCUUUGGAAAUACAGCUAUUAUUUAUUCAUGCUCUAUGCACUUUAUAAUGUUAAGUAAAGGCAAAGCAAGCUCAUGAUGUAAAGAAAUUGUAAAGCAGAUUUGUGCAAUGUAUGGAUAUGUUAAACUGCAAAAAUGUAAUAAAAUAAUAAAGAAUGCAGAACAAUUA